GCGACGGAGGAGUAUUUUAAUUUCCAGUGAAAGGGAGAGAUAGGGAAUCUUUUGGCUGAACAACCGGUGGUGGUGGUGGUGGUGGUGGUGGUGGUGGUUGCAGUGGUUGAGUAUAUAACACAUAACUGUUACUUCGUAAACUCAACUCCUAGAAAAAUUUCGAUGCUCCUUUUCAACAAAUGAUUUCUCCCAUGGCGAUGCACCUCACUUACUCUCACUCCUUCCCUUCUUACAAGCUCUUCUUCGUCGCGGCCGUUGCUCCUGAACCUCGCCUCUGUCAAUUCCGCGUUCUUCACGGCCGUCGCCUCCUCGCUGCAGUUUGUGCUUCCUCACUGGAUGAAACCAGUGUUAGGGUUGCCAGUAGGAAACAGGUGAGGACCAAUGCAGAUCUCUGCAACGACUUACGAGAAUUUAUGUCAGAGGCUGGGCUUCCUGACGGACAUGUUCCUUCUUUGAAGGAGCUUUUACAGCAUGGAAGGCAAGACCUUGCAAACGUUGUGAGACGGAGAGGAUAUAAGCUUAUCAGAGAGCUUCUUGCAGCCUCACGUGAGAUCAACGUUGCUGAUUCUAAUGUAGAGGGGAGCCUGACUGAUAAGCAGGAUAAGUCCAGUAUCAAAGAAGAUGAACUGACAGGUCUGGAUGAGAAUGGAAAAGAGUUGGCUGAAGAUGUGUUCUUGUCAAGCGAAGAUACCAUCAUAGAAGAGACUUCCAAUUCCAAGAGUUUUGAUGAUGAUUUAGAACCUGAUGUAGAGAGUUGCUUUUUAGUUGAUGGUUCAACCAAAUCAUCAUUGCAGGAAAAGGUGGUAAAAUUCAUUCAGAAUGGAGAGCUGGAAAUAAUUGAAGAUUAUGACUUGGACGUUGUAAAUGCGAUGGAGAACAGUGGAUCUCAGCAAUCAACAGAGCCUGAGUUAAGUUCGGCAAGUGAAGGCCAAGUGCUUUGUGUAUCCGACUCUCCCAGUUUAGCAAACGGAAGUAUUCUGUCAUCUGAGCUUGUACUUUCAACUUCUCAGUUGAGGAAUAUUUCUUCCAAUGAUCAACUGGCAAGUGCUGAGUCCGCUAACACUGACAAGGAUGUGGAUGCUGAGAUUAGAACGAAGGAGGACAAAACUGAAAUCAAUCGGAUCAAAGUUAUGCUGCAUCACAAGGAGUCGGAAUUGUCUCAGUUGAAGGAACAGAUUGAAAAGAACAAGCAAGCCUUGUUGGAAUUACAAGCUAAAGCUGAAACAGAGAUAAGUAAAGCACAGAAACUUCUCUUGGAUAAAGAUGCAGAGCUACAUGCGGCUGAAGAAAGCCUUUCUGGAUUAAAACAGGUUCAAGUGGAGUACUGGGGCGAUGGUGAGACUGUAGAGGUGGCAGGUAGCUUCAAUGGUUGGCAUCAUGGCGUAAAAUUGGAUCUGCAGCCUUCCUCAAAUAUCACAGACCCUGUUGAAUUGAGGACAUCUAGGCUCUGGAGGUCCAUGUUGUGGCUAUAUCCUGGGAUCUAUGAGAUCAAAUUCAUUGUUGAUGGCAAAUGGAUGAUUGAUCCCAUGAAAGAGACUGUUACCAGGGGAACCAUACAUAAUAAUGUUCUCCGAGUCGAUAGAUGAUGCAACUCUUCAACAAUGAUGACGCAUGUACAUACCAUUGAGGUGACAACAAAUGGAUGCUGUUGGUGUUGGACAAUCAACAUCAAGUCUAACAGCAGAGAUUGAUCUUAGAUGAUGAUGCAGAGUUUAGAUUCAUAAUGCCAUCUUAUUGUUCCACAAGCAAGCAGUAAAACAUUUAUGCUUCUUGAACUAUUCCUUUCUGACCCAUUCCCCAUUUUAUGUACAUAGGUGGUUCAGUAAUUGAAAAGGUAACAUUUUCAGCUGUUUUCA